AUUGCCGGCAUGUGCUAUGACUGCCAAGUGUUCCAGGUUCACCAGGCGCUCCGCAUCCCUGGCAGGAUGGCCCAGUUCUUCUCCUGGGCCCUUGAGCCUGUCUUCUCAUCCUCAGAGCCCACCAGCGAGGCCAGAGUUGGGAUGGGAGCCACAGUGGACAUCCAGAGGCAGCAGAGGAUGGAGCAGCUUGACCGGCAGCUGAUGCUCUCUCAGUUUGCACACGUGAGACGACAGAGGCAGCAGCAGGGAGGAAUGAUUAAUUGGAAUCGGCUUUUCCCCCCUUUACGUCAGCGACGAAAUACCAACUAUCAAGAUGGUCCUCGGUCUGAACAGCAAGCAUCUCCUCCCCUGGAAGUUUCUGAGGAGCAGGUUGCCCGGCUCAUGGAGAUGGGAUUUUCCAGAGGGGAUGCCUUGGAGGCCCUGAGGGCCUCAAACAAUGACCUCAAUGUGGCCACCAACUUCCUGCUGCAGCACUGACAUUCAGCCCACUGCUGAGUGACAGUGGCAUGUCCCUGCCACCACAUCAGCCUGAAGACCCAGCAGACUCCAGCACAGAUGUCCUCAAGAGGAGAGGGUGAUCCCCACCAUACACUGUCCUUAACUCCAAGAUGGUUACCAUUGUAGUAUCAGAUAAGUUUGCCAUUAAAUUAGCAUGUAUUUUCUAUCUUUAUUUUUUUACUGGGCCUUUCUCAGUUUGGAGAAUCGUCAUUAUAAAUACGUUCAAAUGCAUGACAGUUGCAGGUUUCUGUGGCAGUUUUACAGCACACAGAUGGGGACAACUGUCAUGAUGCUCACGUGGAGCAGUCUGCUUGUCCUCACCUCAGCGGAGGGGGCAGGUCAUGUGACACCAGAAAGCAUGUGCCACACUACUCUUUAUGGACUUUGUGUUCACAUCCCAGUGGCUGUCCUGCCCACACUGCCCAGACACUGGACAGUGUCCUCCAGGCCUCCAUGAGGGAGGAAGCAGGAGAUGAGUCCCCUCCAGCCUAGGGAAUCUGUCCCAACUCCUCCCUGCUUUCAGUAAAAAUAACAAUCCAGUGCCAACUUCAGGUUCUGGGAUACUCCAUAAUACCUAACUGGGGUUUAUUUUGCCCAGAAUGCCCUACGGGAGCCACUCAGGCUAAGGGGUGAAACAGAGUAAGAGGUGAUGUGAGCAGAGAAAAGUUGCUUUCUAGAAACUUGUGGAGCCUGUGCAGAGAGCACAGAGCUGGUCGGCGUGGCUCAGCCCCACUUGGGCUAACCUGCUGGCCCUUUGCACACACCACCAGCUCUUCUGGCAACAGAUUCUCCUGGUCCUAUCCUUGCCCCCUUGUAGUGGGUGAGGCAAUACCCACUGUGGGGCACAGUCAGGGACGUGUAGGCAGGAGGCAGCCCACUGUGAGCACAAACCGUUCUAGAAGUUGAUGACUGUCCUAAAGCAAACUGCACUGGGUGUGUUCUGUGGGUAUGUUCUGCAAAAUGAGCAGCAAUGUGUCAAAUUGAUACAAAUUUAGGUGUGUGAUACUUACAAUAAAGUUUUUAUGUGUUUUA